AUGCAUGAAAAAUCCAUGGUCCAUUCCAAGGAAGCAGAACGCGUGCAUUACUUAGAGCUUCGUGAAUAUGAAUGUUUGACAGUUGAAGAAGCAUUAGCUUUAAUGACAGAGUUAUCUGAUGAUGACACAUUUCAUGGAGCUGAUAUUUUUUUGGAUCCCCCAUCUAAUGAAGUAACUGAUGAAGACAGUGGAAAAGAAGACUGUUUAGAAAUGAACAAUUUAACUGGCGGACAGUUGAGAGCAAAAGCCGUUGUAACUCUUCGAAAAAAUAAUCAAGAAAGAAAAAUUAUUGGUGAAUCAGACAGUGAAGUAGAAGAUGUAAGACACACUCCGUCGAAUUGUAAAAAACGUAUUAUGAAAAAGAAGAUUCCCCAGAAAAAUCGAAAUUGGUCCAAAAGUGAAUUACGUAAAGACAAUUAUCUUCAAUUAACAUGGAAUGAACAAAAACCUCCGUUUUUGAAUGUCCAUUGGUCCCCUACAUCUUUAUUUGAACUGUUCCUAAAUGGCGAAAUAAUUCAACUAAUUUUGGAACAAUCUAUUUUGUAUGCCGGUCAAAAAGGAGAUCAUGAUUUUGUUAUUGAUGCUGAUGAACUGAAAUUGUUUUUUGCUAUCCUUCUGACUAGUGGCUAUAAUGUGCUCCCAAGAAGACGAAUGUACUGGGAAAACUCAAGCGAUGUAAGAAAUAAUGUAAUUUCAGAAGCCAUGCCACGGUGCCGAUUUGAAAAAAUAAUGCAGUAUUUGCACUUCGCCGACAAUAGCAAUUUAGAUAAAACUGACAAAAUGGCUAAACUGCGCCCAUUCUUCAACCUCUUAAAUGAAACAUUCUUGAGACAUAUGCCAGAUGAACAGCAGUUGUCUAUUGAUGAAAGUAUGGUUCCAUAUUUCGGACAUCACGGAUGUAAACAGUACAUCAAAGGAAAACCUAUCAGAUAUGGAUAUAAAGUUUGGUGCUUAAACACCAAACUUGAUUACCUAAUCCAAUUUGAACCAUACAGAGGUGCAGGAACUGUUUCCAACACAUCUGGAAUUGGGAUGGGAGGUGCAGUUGUAAUGGAUCUCAUUUCCGAACUCCCUGAAAAUAAGCAGUAUGAUUUAUAUUUUGACAAUCUUUUCACUUCACCUGCUUUAAUUGAUAAAUUAACAGAGAAAAGAAUGGGAGCAACCGGAACUGUGCGAAAAAACAGAAUUGAAAACUGUCCACUUGAAGAAAUUAAAUCCUUUAAAAAACGAAAGCGAGGAAGUUAUGAUUUCCGAAACGCGAAAAAUUUGAGUUUAGUAAGAUGGAAUGACAACAGUGUUGUUACCUUAGCAUCCAACCAGUAUGGCGUUACACCCAUAGUUCAAGCUAAACGAUGGUCGAAUGCCGAAAGAAAAUUUAUUGAGAUAGACCAGCCAUUUGUUGUUUCCCAAUACAAUAAAUUCAUGGGUGGAACAGACCGUAUGGAUCAGAACAUAGCCCAAUACCGCUGUUCCAUACGGUCCAAAAAAUGGUGGUGGCCACUAUUUUUGUUCGGCUUAGAAGCUCCUGUGCAAAAUGCAUGGCUGCUAUACAGGUUAUGCCCUUCUUAUGAAGACAAGAAAAUGGAUCUUUUGCAAUUCAGAAGGGAAAUCUGCCAAACAUAUUUUGCAAAGUACAGCAAGAGAGCAAAUAUCAGUGUGGCUUUGGGAAAACCAAAGAAAUUGUCUAGCAGAGUAUGCAAUGAAGUUAGCUUUGAUGGAAAAGAUCACCUAAUAGUAGUAAAUCCAAAACAAAUAAGAUGUGCUUACUGUGGUAAGAAAUCUACAAGAAAGUGCAUUAAAUGCUUAGUAGGAUUGCAUGACAAAUGCUUUGAAAUCUUUCAUACUGAAUAA